AUGUCGUCAUGUGUCGUCACGUGCGGUCCAGACCGCUUAUCUAAGCCGGCAGUUGCCGCUUAUCGUCUGUCAUCAUCUAUCGUCAUCUGUCGUCACAGAGCUAGUGAUGCUCCGGUUAUUGUCUAUAGAGCUGGUGAGGCUCCGGUGUCGUCUAUAGCCGUGCGGGUGGCAGAGGGCUCUCUGCUGGCGGGGGACUCGUGUCAUGUUACUGUAACAGAUAACGAGGGCAUGCCAAUCCUCCCGGACAAUCAAGACCUUGACCUUCAAACCACAAAGGAUCUUAUUUGUGACUUCAUGACAGUACAUUACCGACAUUGUUGCCAGAAGCCGAAAGUUCCUGUUCUGUGGGCAACAAUUAUAUCGCAGCAAGAAGAAUUCAUCGAGAGUAAAUAUCUACCUGAGGCAACAAGAAUAAAAGAUCUGUCCAAGCUGAAGAAGGCUGAGGCUCAAAUACUUCUUCAAUUCUGGCGUCAGAGGCAGAAACACACAACUGACACCACAUUUGAAUUCAAGGGAUGGGUGGACUCAGAUGGAAACAUAUACUCUCCUGUUAGGAAAUCAACUCAGAGGUCGGAUGAUCGAGCUAGAAGCCGUCAGCCAUUAAAAUGGUCUAGGACACACAAAUCAAGAGCAAGGAGCACCGGUGACCAGAAGACAGACGAGGAGUCUUCUGAGGACGAUGAUGAUGCACACCUUUCACCACGUCAAAAGUCAAAGCAUCUUGCAAAACAGAGAGCAACCACUGGGUCAUGUUGUAACUCUCCCAUUGGUCCAAUGAUUGACAUUGACAGCCAAUCAAGCCUCAAUGCUGGAUGGAAAGGCAAUGGUCAUGUGAAGGCGAGGGUUGCCUCCAUCUCCUGUAGAAAGGAGCCAGAGUCCGAUGAUUCAAUACAACCAAGGCCAUUAGUGAAGAGAGGAAUCAGGACUCGUUUACCACAGACCGACGAGAUUGACGUGACUUAUCCUCCGAUAUUUAUCUCUCAGACGGCAACAAUAGUGAUUGGCUGGGCAGAGAAAAUCCAGCACAUCAGGGGCGGGAAGAGACACAGAAUCGGCUCUGAGUCAACCCCGGACAUUAAUGUAAGUUCAUCAUCACCUCACAACCAAUGUUUACCAAAGGACAUUGAAGGUGCAAAGAGUGGAGCUACGAGAAAUCUAGUGACGCCAUUGCAAAGACCACAUCCUCGGCCUGGCCCGGCCGGCCAGUUGAAGCAAGUAAAUCAAAGGCAUAUCUUUCAGAAUGCAUUGACCGUCGGUCCUAUCAUGGCCAAACAAAAUUCUACACCACAACACAAUAACAUCGUCGCACAACCUCAAAUACUUGUGCCCAAGCCACCACCCCGGCCAGGGCAUCCAGAGAAGUCAAAGUCAUUGAUGUCCACCUCGGCCAUGGCUGCGAUAAAUGAAGGAUCUCCAACAGGUGCCGUAGUGACACCAGUACCAAACAAUCUACCUGUAGAGAGAUCUCGGCCAAGACCUCGGCCAGCCGGAAAAAUGCUUGGCACCAGCAGUCAUCGUCCAACUGCCACAGGCAAACAUGUUCUCCUUGAUCACUUCGUGGAUAAACAGCAUUUACAGGCUCCUGUCGCAGAUACUGUCAGGAUGAUUCAAGGUCAAAAUGGUUCCCUGGAUGAGACACCCAGUAUGUUGCCACUGAGGGAUAGGAAGACUUCCGAAAAGACAUCCGGAACGACAUUGACACCAACUGAAGUUCACACAGUCAGAGCAGCCAACAAUACUGCUCAGAACGCAAAUGCAGCUGUAUCCUCCAAUUGA